AUGGCAACCUCUUUCGACAAUGUUGGGAAUUUGAAAUAUGGAAAAGAGUAUGCCAGGAUACUAGUGAAACUUAUACGAUUUUGGUAUACCCAAGGAUUCACCAACUCCAAGCUGCCAUUAUCUCUUGAACUGGGAAGCAAGAUUCAUGUGACAAUCAAAAAGACAUUGAUGUAUAAGUUUGAGAGGAUUAUUACAGAUGGCAAAGUUUGGGAAUACAGGACUUCUAGGCAUGCCUUCAAGUUGUCGUUUAAGUUUAAGACUGAAGUGCGUCCAAAGGACCAAAUGCAAAUAACUACGGAUCCUUACACAUUCAUUUCCUUUCCUGAUAUUAUAACCCCUGAUUAUGAUAUCAGCUUCUUAGUUGGUAAACUUUCAUUGAACCAAAUCUUAUUAUAA